ACUCACAUGUGGAGAGUUUGCAAUUGCUUCUAGACACAUCUUGGUCCCGACAAUCAUCUCAGCUCCUACCACAUAGAGGUUGCUCCCUCCGAGCACCUUACCCACUACUCACACGAAUAUGGCAACACGUCGCAAACUCGAAGCCAGCGAUAGCGACAAUACGCAAUUCUCCACAAGCACGUCUAGCGACACGAUGCGGCCACCCACGUCGUCGGCACGUCGCUCGCCCUUUCUCCCCACGCGCCUCGAAGCGCAACUCAUAGCUAUCUACCCCAUCACCCUACUUCUUGGGAGCAUAUUCAGCACUCUUUCACCUUCAACGCGUAGCGCCCCUUAUUCAGCAAGCCUACAAUCACACCCCACCGAAUUCGCGCCCUCGUACUUUGCGCAAAAGAAGAACGUCUUCAAUGUAUACUUUGUGAAAGUAGGCUGGUUCUGGACAACACUGGCUUUUACCUUUUUCGUCACCCUCCACCCUGGCUUUGGGCAGGGGGCGAGCGCGAGGCGGAUCAGGGCGGUGCUGAGGUAUGGCCUUGUCACGACGUGGUGGUGCUUUUUGACACAGUGGUUUUUUGGCCCGCCGCUGAUCGACCGCGGUUUCCGAUUUACGGGCGGUCAAUGCGAGUUGUUGAGGAAGUCAGAUGCAAGGGAAGACAUGAGCAAUACAAGAGAGUACAUCACAGCGGCUACAUGCAAGGCCGUGGGUGGGACAUGGAAGGGCGGUCAUGAUAUUUCUGGACACGUCUUUUUGCUCAUACUAGGAAGCUCGCUCCUUUGGCUAGAGUUCCUGCCUGCAUUGACGCACGUCGAGGGCUUGAGAGAUGGUAGGUUAAUCACGCUACCCGAUGGCAAGGUCGCCAGUGUCGCUGUGGAGAAGGAGCUGGUCAAGGAAGAGGGCGAAGCCACUGCAAGAGGAGUCAAGUUUGCGCUCGGUGUUGCAGGUCUGAUGUGGUGGAUGUUACUCAUGACGGCUGCCUACUUCCACACUUGGUUCGAGAAGUUUACGGGACUCCUGGUUGCCUUUGCGGGGUUGUGGACUGUCUACUUUCUACCGAGAGGCGCAUCUAACGAUAUUCGGAUCACUCCGGCCCUACUCGAUGCCAAAGCUAGUACAUCACAUGGCCCUGAUGACAAAGUUGAUGAGUUGACAAUCAAGGCAGCUGGAACAAAUUUCACGUUGACCGCCGAUGGCAUGUCUUACCUCUUCCACGUGGAUACGAAGACUGGAGAUCUCAUCUCCGAUCACUUUGGAGGCCCGACUACCGACUUCACACCACCCGCCAAAAUCAAUCCUUCCGGCUGGGUCGAUAAAUUAGGCAACACCCGUCGCGAGUUCCCUGACAUUGGCCGUGGCGACUUCCGCUUACCUGCAAUUCACAUUGAGCACGCGGAUGGUGAUACCGUGACCGCCUUCCGUUACCAAUCCCACGAGAUUGUCGAUGGAAAGCCUGGUUUACCUAAGCUUCCUGCUACGUAUGGAAAAGUUGGAGAUGUCACGACUGUCAUUGUGCACAUGUACGACAACGUAUCCGAUGUCUCGGCUGCCUUGUCAUACUCCAUCUUCCCGCGUUACAACGCUAUUGCACGUAGCUUCAGCAUCAGCAACAAUGGAAGUAGCGAUAUCGUCAUCGAAAGAGCGUCGAGCUUCAGUACCGAUUUCCCCAACCUCGAGUUGGAAAUGAUCGAGCCGUACGGUGAUUGGUCGCACGAGUUCCAGACUGUAAAGCGCAAGAUCGACUAUGGCGAGACCUCUUUCCGCAGUACGGCAGGUUACGCUUCGCAUCUACACAACCCUUUCUUCACACUUGUUUCGCCCACUACGACUGAAUCGACUGGUGAGGCAUGGGGGCUUCAGUUUGGUGUGGACUGCAUCCGUGUGGCGCCAGGAGCAACUUUCCAGUCGCCCGAAGCGGUGGGCGUCUACUCCUCUAAUGGUGUUGGUGGCAUGUCUCGUUCAUUCCACGAUCUCUACCGAAACCAUCUCUCCCGCUCAAAGUUCACAUCCCAGACGCGACCCAUCCUACUCAACUCGUGGGAAGGCCUAGGAUUCAACAUCAAUGAAACAUCGCUGGUCAAGUUAGCCGGUGAGGCGGAGGAGAUUGGCAUCGAGCUGUUUGUCAUGGACGAUGGAUGGUUCGGUGUCGAAUACCCGCGUAACAAUGACUCCAUGGGUCUCGGAGACUGGACGCCCAACCCAGCAAAAUUCCCCUCUGGACUGCGCCCAUACGUCGAACAAGUCAACAAGUUCAACAUACUGAACUCCACAACACCUUUACAAUUCGGUAUCUGGGUAGAACCCGAGAUGGUCAACCCGAAUUCGACCUUGUACAAGGAGCAUCCCGACUGGGUCUUGCAUGCCGGAAAACAUGAGCGAACUCUUACACGAAACCAACUCGUCUUGAACGUGGGACUGACCGAAGUACAAGACUUCAUCAUCGACAGUGUCUCGCGCGUGCUCGACUCGGCCAACAUCCAGUACGUAAAGUGGGACAACAACCGUGGUAUGCACGAGCUUGCUCGUCCAUCAGACGACUACACCUACAUCCUGGGUCUCUACCGCGUCAUCGACACCCUCACCACAAAGUACCCUGACGUUCUCUUCGAAGGCUGCGCUUCAGGUGGUGGUCGCUUUGAUCCAGGACUGCUACACUACUGGAGCCAACAUUGGACAAGUGACAACACCGACGCCAGCAACCGUCUCACCAUUCAAAUGGGCACCUCGCUUGUCUACCCACCAUCAGCAAUGGGCUGCCAUGUCUCCGCCGUCCCCAACCAACUCACCAAACGCAACAUCAGCAUCGAGUACCGCGGCCACGUAGCAAUGAUGUGCGGCUCCUUCGGUCUCGAGCUGAACCCCUCCGAGCUCUCCGCCGAAGAAACCGCACUUAUCCCAUCCAUUAUGGCAGAAGCCAAAGCCGUAAACCCCAUCGUCAUCUCCGGCCACUUCUACCGCCUCGCGCACCCUGAUGUAUCGAAUUGGCCCGGUGUCCAGUUCGUCAGCGCUGAUGGCGCGCAGGCGGUCGUGUUUGCGUUCCAGCAGUCGUACAUGGUGAAGCCGGCGGCACCGCCGCUGAAGUUGCAGGGCUUGGAUCCCAAGGCGAGGUACAGUAAUGAUUUGGAUAAUGCGACGUAUAGUGGGGCUACGUAUAUGAAUGGUGGGCUUAAUAUCCCCUGGCCUCAGGGCGAUUAUCAGAGUAAGCUUAUUUGGCUGAACAAGGUUACUGCGAAUGGAUCGCAAGCGAGGGAGGCACCUAUCUGCUGAUGGGACGGAAGUUGGUGUGUUUAGAAUUAACUCUAAUAAUCUAAACGGUGAAGCAA